AUGCCACCCCAACCUUGGCACACUGUAGGAGCAGAUCUUUUCACAUACAAUCAGCAAUGGUACUUGAUCGUAGCCGACUACUAUUCAAAAUUUCCAUUCAUAAGAAAGCUGAAAGAUCUGAGAUCUGCUACAAUCACUGCAAUUACAAAAGUACUAUUUGCAGAGCAAGGAAUACCUGAAAAUUUCAUAUGCAACAAUGGAUCUCAAUUCACUGCAAGUGAAUUUAGAAGUUUUGCAGAUGAAUAUGGAUUUGAAAUUGUAACAUCGUCACCACAAUACCCGAGAGGACAUGGAUUUAUCGAGAGACAUGUUCAAACGAUAAAGAAAACCCUUAUAAAAUGUAAAGAAGCUGGUCAAGAUCCAAACUUAGCCCUUCUAGCAAUCAGAACAACACCAAUCAAAGAUAACUCAAAGUCACCUGCUGAGUUAUUAAAUGGAAGGAAGUAUAAGACAACCUUACCAAGCAAAAUAAAUGCUUCACCAGACCAUGAAGAAUCUCAACAAACAUGA